AUGGCAGAGCCAGCCAGAUUGAUCGAGUAUUAUCAUGUAAUGGUUAAAAAAGUGACAAAUCCAAGACAAAAAUACACCGGAUGCUCCACAAGGCCGAAUUUAGAUGUUUUGGUCCAAAGUGAUCUACAUUUUGUCUCAAAGAUUGGCACAUUAUGCUUCUACAGAGCCAAUGUCGAUCACUACAGGGCCGAUGCCGAUCACUGGACGUGUCAAUCUUUGAGACAAAAUGUAGAUCACUUUUUGGCCUUGUAG